CAGUCGCAUUGUCUUCAGAACAGUAAGCAAUCAAGAAUUUACACUUAGAAUCAACGUUUAAAAGCAUUUGAGGGCCGUCAGAGCGGCAAUGGAUGCACUCUGGAUAUUWCUUUAUGGAUAUUUUCUGACAUUAUGUGCUGUAAGGACUCACGCAGACUGCACCAAGCCCCUUGGAAUGGAAAGCAAAUGGAAAGGCACCAAGACAUACAUACAUGACAGUCAAAUAACUGCGUCAUCAUCUAUGACCACUAGUAAUAAGGGUAACGGAUCACGAUUGGCCAGAUUAAAUGAAAAGCGUACAAGCAUAGCUGGAUGGUGCGCAGAUCCAGACGAUCAUCACCCGUUUAUAAAAGUAGACCUUUUACGUAUUCAUACCGUUACAAGGAUCGACACGCAAGGGGUCGUGAGCUAUCCCGCUUGGGUGACUGAGUUUAAGGUUGAGUACAGCAUGGAUGGUGUGGCUUGGCACGAAUAUAAAGAAGAUGGGAAAGUCAAGAUUUUUCCUGGUAAUAUAAACUCYAUGAUUCCAAAGAAAUCGUUGCUGAAGGUGCCAAUUACUGCUCGCCUUAUCAAAUUGGUUUUACUUAAGAGUAGUGAUGAUGCAUUCUGCCUCAGGAUGGAGUUGUAUGGAUGCGAGCCAAAAGAAGAUUGUCAGACACCUGUAGGACUCGAGGAUAGAAGGAUAAAAGAUAACCAAAUCACAGCUUCGACUCACUGGAACGAACAUUAUGCMUAYAACGCUCGUCUUCAUAAUAAAUUCAGUUCCUCGAACGACGGGGUCAUGUGGGGAGGAUGGUGCACAGAUAAGAAGGACACCAAUCAGUAUCUAAAUAUAGACCUCGGUCACGUGAGAGCUGUGUCGGGGGUGGCUACACAAGGGUACAUCACAGGUAGCUUUGUGAAGAAUUAUAAGAUGAAUUACAGCCUUGAUGGACAGGAAUGGAAAAUGUAUACACAGAAUGGAGUUAAUAAGAUAUUUUCCGGCAACUGGGACAACGAAACAGUGAUCAGAAAUUGGUUCGCUCGGGUAUUUGCGAGGUAUAUUCGUUUAAAUCCCGUGUCAUGGGCCCCUAGAGGCUAUAUAUGUAUGCGGGUAGAAAUCUACGAAUGCUCGCCGACUGUAGGAAGCGUGCCAAUCGUUUCCCCACCAGGGGCGAGCUACAAAGUCAAUCGGACRUCAUCUCUUAAUAUAACRUGUAUGAUAAGAGGUCAAGAGAACUUUGCMUUUAUUUGGAUGAAGAAUGGUUUUGCUAUAGCUAACACGAGUACACAAAYUAUGCAACGAAAGGUAUUCGAYAACGGAACCACUCUCAGUACUMURACCUUGCGUAACAUCAAGUACCAUGACACUGGUUCGGUGAUAUCGUGUACUGCUUGGUAUCCUGGCUUGUCAAUCAAUACAUCACGAAAUGUGCACGUGUUUGUUAAUGCACCACGACCUAAAAUCAAAGUCACUGUUCUCAAGUCACGUGAUGUCACCAUAGCAAUCAUGGAUCCUUCUCCCGAUGACACCUCCAAGUACCUCAUAAGGUACAAAAUCAAUGAUGAUGAAAACGUCCCUUGGACCAUAAUUGAGCGUGCUAGACCAGCCCUCAGAAYGUCGUCCAMRGUAUACAUAAAGAUUAAAGACUUGAAGCCUUUUACAAGCUAUGUAACUGAAGUAUCGUCAUUGUACAAGGACAAGGACACCGGACCGUAUAGUGUCCCUCUUUCCUUCAACACCGACGAAGAUGUUCCAAGCGGACCCCCACGUGACGUGCUUGUGGAGCCAAUCACUGACGAUCAUAUYAUAGUUUCAUGGUCUGUACCCAGUUAUAAUAAGGUCAACGGACGAAUAGUGAAGUACGAAGUUGCCUAUCGCAGUGAUAACAAGAAKUUUAAGAGGYUAUUCACCAAGCAGCUACAAAAAGAGAUCACCGGCUUACGGAAAGAAAAGAAUUAUGAGAUUAUUGUACGUGCGUAUACACGUAAAGGACCUGAUGUGAAACCAAAAUCUGAGACAACGAAAGCAUUGGAAAGACUGUCAAAGGUGACAGUUACCUCACAGAACGCUGUCAAAGUCACUGCAACAGUCCAAAACCUAACCAAGACAAGUGAUGACAAUUUCAUCGUAGACGAUGUGCACAUGACGGCGACCAUCCUCAAUAAAGUCGUCUCUUCGAAUCUAAGCUCGGCGAAAGUUGGUGAUAACCUGCUCAAGACGAUCAGCAAUGUCAUGAAUGUAAACACUGAAACCCUGCACAAGACACAGAAGAAAUACAACUCGUCUGCGACGUUUGUCAAAGUCCUCGAGAAGUUCAUCGAAAAAGGCGGCAAAUUCUCAAUCAACACCAACAACGUCGCCGUCCACCAGCAAAAGAUCAAAACCGCAUUCACGACCAUGCGCACUAGCUUCACCACCAAGAACAACAAAAUCAUCAUCAACAGUACCACUGAUGUCACUUCCGGUACUGGCCAAAGCGACGCGUCUGCAGAGAUUCAUUCCACCACGUUUCCUGGCAACGAAACAACCAAUGAAACUGUGUACUUUGUUUACUACAAAAGCAGCAAACUCUUCGCGCCAAGCUUCCAGCAGGUGACAGUAUGUCAGGACGGCUUCACGGCGACAAAUAGGCGUAAAAUCACGCGUCGUGGACCGCUAUACACGGUAGAAAGAGUCCAUAAAAGUCUCGUGACAGAGAGUAGUCCUGUCAUUGCAUCCAGUCUACGAGGACGAGAGGUUGUCAACYUAUCUCAGCCGAUUACUAUUAGGUUCAAACUUCCACCUGAAAUGAUCGAAGCCAACCAUACCAAAUGUGUUUGGUGGGACUUCAAUGCUAAAGGGGGUCUCGGAGAUUGGUCUACUGAGGGAUGUGAAUUCAAACGCAUCAUCAACGAUACCAUUGAAUGCGAAUGUAAUCACAUGACCAACUUUGCUGCUCUCGUGGAUGUAUACGGUCCGUCGUCCAAAGCUUGUGGUAAACACGAGUUUGCGCUCUCAAUAAUAGCAUAUAUAGGUUGUGGUCUGUCCAUCCUUGGUUUAGCUCUCACCAUAUUCACCUAUGGGUUCUUUGCUAAACUACGUAAAGAAAUCGCCGCCAAGAUCCUUCUCCAUCUGUGUACAGCCCUUCUCUGUGUUCUAAUAGUCUUUAUAUCUGGUGUAGAACAAGCCGUCAAGUCUAAACUUAACUGUCAAGUAGUGGCUGUCUUGAUGCAUUAUUUUCUACUCGUUGCAUUUAUGUGGAUGUUCUUUGAAGCAUACUUUAUGUAUUUUGCUUUUGUCAAAGUGUGGAAUGACCACGGUGAUUACAUUUUAUUGAAAUGUGCAAGUAUCGCUUGGGGUCUUCCUGGUGUGGUUGUCACGGCUACCAUUCUUGUUGAUACAGAAAAUUAUGGAGGCGAACACUAUUGUCGUCUUAAAGGUCUUGCUUUCUUCCUGGCCUUCCUGGCCCCAGUGGUAUCAAUCAUUAUUUUCAACACCAUCAUAUUCUCUAUGAUUAUGUACAAACUAAGUGUUCGACCCCCGGCCAGACCCGCUGACAAAGAUCGCGGGCGCGAGGGAUUUCUUCAACUUCGUCGAGCGUUCGGGAUUCUAAUUCUGGUCGGACUGACCUGGAUGUUCGGUUUCUUCGCUAUCAGUGACUCAAGACUUAUAUUUACAUAUACCUUCUCAGUUCUAAAUUGCUUCCAAGGAUUUUCGAUUUUCAUGUUCUAUUGCGUGACACAAAGGAAUGUGCGUGACAGUUGGAUGGCGUUACUWCGUUGUGAUCUUCAAAGCUUGAAUAGAAAGACUGUAUUUACGGAAUCUUACGAUCCUAAAACAAAGACAUAUCUACAAGACACUGGUAUGAGACCCAGGACAAGAUCUGAACCAACUAAGAACACRUUUAGUACUUUGCAAAGGGAGAAGUUCAGACCAAGGAUGCACACAGCAGAUGUAAAGCUACCAGUACGAGACAAGCAAACCUGUAAACGWGAAACGAGUAGCGACAAUCCAAAUUACGAACACAGCGUGGCCGAUGAACAUGGUACCAAGUACCCACAAUACGUCACCGUUACCAUAGAACCGCCACCUAAUGAUAAUGCAAGCGAAGAAUUCGAAAUGACGCCUAUCCCUGGGUCAARAUCCGGGAGCUUGAGAUCACAURAACARGAAUCACGUGRUACGGUGCAUUCCAACCAAUCAACGCCAAAGCUGUUUAGAAUGUUCAAAAUGGGAAAUUCAAUAAGUGCGUUUAGYAAAGCACCGCAGGUCGGUAAAAACACGUUAAAACGCACGGCUUCGCAUACUCCUGAAGCACCCAAGCAGUAUACUCCAGUAUGCUUACGGAGAACGCAGUCCGCAAUGUCUCUCGGGAAGGAAAACAGAAUCAGUGGGGAUAGUUUAAUUACAUACGCGUCGACGUCAUCGGAGUCGUUAAGUACGGACUCACAAAGUCCACGAAACGGCGAAACAAGACGAUURUUGACGUUAUCAAGACUCGAYCCAGAUAAUUAUGGAGAACUAAUUAUUAGCUCCCAACGCGGCUCAGUGCGAGGCAUUGUGGGUCACGUGGAAACAUCAGUGGAUACGUAUGACGAUCUAAUUGAUGAACUAUCAGACAGUGAGAAAAAACGAUCAUUAUCGUUACCUGCUAACGCCUACAGCUACAUCUUUGAUUCUUAACGCAAGGAUUUCAUCAAACAAAGUAGUCACACUAGCGUAGUCUGAAUUUAAAGGAGUUACAUCGAGGGAUGAGAAAUUUGACGACAAAUCCAUUGGGAAUCCUGGCAAUUACACCAGGGUCGGUUGGAUUCUUGGAAUUCGUAAUAAAUGGCCUGGAAGCGUCUAAAUUUGCGCUAGAUUGCAACAAUGGCUAAAUUUUUGCAAGCCGUAAAUAAACAAUGGAAUUAAAUGGAAUCGAAGACGUCAUUUAAUGCUCUGGAAGAGCUGUUAUUGUGAAAAGGUCACAGCAAYUUCAAUGAACUUUGGCAAUUCAAAUGAAGCACCAGGGACGAAUGAAAUCAUUGAAGUCGUAGCAUAAGCUCUGGCAAUGCCUGUGGCGAGUAAGAUUUACAAUAAAAGGUGUUGUCUUUGAAAAAUCUAAGCAACUGGAUCGCGUGGAUUCAUUAGAAUUGCUGGACAUUGCUUUAAGAGCCACCGAAAGAGUCAUCAACAUCCAAGUAGAUAAUGUACUACUUGCAAAGUGUACUUUAUACAAGACGAGCUUUGUUGGACGAUGAUUAAUUCUCCUUACCAAACUUUCGAGAAAUUAUUUAUGAGUUUGGAAAAAGUAGACUUCUAUUUGCCUUCAAAAAGGCGCAGCGCUCACAGUCCUAAACACAUACCCAUGGUACUUUUACCUCAUUUGAAAAUGGCCAGGAAUUCUUGGUAAUGUGGUGCGGUAAUAUGUCAGUAUAAGGAAGGGUGAUUGCACAAUCCGUGAAACAAAAUAGGGGCUAAAGGAAGUAAUUGAGAAGAUUUGAUUCACGGAUUUAUUGCGUGGCRCAGGGAUCCCGUCUGCAGCGCAGUAUUUGGGAGCAAAAUAAGUAGUUUUGUGUAUAUAGAUGCGGAAGCUGAACAAGUAUGCAAGAAAAUAAUGUGCAAAGGUUAUAUAUAAAGAGAUUUUUGGAAUAUGCUAACAAUAAGUAUAUUAUAAAUUUGAGUAGAUUUAAAAGAGAUCCAACAAUAUAUUUUUUUGGUAAAGAUUAAUUUUGAAACUUAUAUACAACAAUUUGAAUUGUGAAAUUGGUUACACAGAAUAGACAUCUAUUUUUAUACAUAGAAAUCAUGGUUUGAAGCACAAGCUAUUGACCAAUCAGAAGCUUUGGUGUCACGUGGCUAAACAGCCUUCUCUGAUUGGUGUAAGGGCAAUUAGGCCCGUAUUUCUGAAUAUUUCUUAAAGUCAACUGUUUUUCAUGAAUGUUAUGUAUUUUUAUGGAUAAUAUUUUAUCUUUUAUGAUAAGACUCUUACACUUUUAGGCCGCCAUUUUGAAUUUCUGCAAGUGAAGGAAGAAGGAAAAUUACUUUCUCUGAUGUUUUUUUUUCUUUAAUUUCAAGUACUACAUCAAAACGUCAAAAUGUAUUUGAAUAUUACGUUCUUGAACCUUUACUGUAAUAUUGAAGCAUUUAACUCACUCUGAACUCGGUUCAUUUUUGAAAAUUUCAGUAUAAAUGUCCGAGGCCUAACUCUUCAAGAGAGCGGGAUGAUUCAACAUGGCGACCGUCUUAUAUCAUAGUUCUUCUCGUUUGAAUGCAUAAAUCAGUUUAUCAAGAUGAUAUUAUAAAGAUUGUGUUGUAAAUAGAAAUACCACGACUGGCUCUAGUGAUGUUUAUACCACCGUACGUUUAUUACAUCCGUGAAACAGAAACAAAUUGCGCUAAAUUACACUAGUUAAAAAAAAACAAACCAACGAUUAAUCAAUUUUUCGUACUGAUUUGUUAGUAAACCUGUUCACGGAUGCAAUAAGUGCACUAAUAAAUGCGAAUCUACUUUUAGCGUGUUGUUACUGUGUUAUUGGGCUACCUGUGGUCCAGGAGGACUAGUUCAAAGCACAGUAAAGAGUGUCUGUACUUUGGUGCUAAGCCAGGAAGAGAUUUAUAAAUGACAUUAAAUUGUGUUUUAUAUGA